AGUCUGCAGAAGCCGUGGACGCGCUCAGGCAGGCGCGCUCCCCCUCUUCACCCUCUUCACACGGACGCGCGCCUAGGCUAGGGGGGAGGGAAGUAAGCGCAUGCGCAGAAAAGGACGCGCGCCUAGGCUGGGGGAAAGAAGGAAGCUUGCGCAUGCGCAGUACAGACGCUGAAGGAACGGAAGAGGGCGAACAACUUCAAAGAUGGCCGUGCCAUUCUUUAGAUAGAGCAGAAAGUUUAAAGAUGAAUGUUACACCUGCAAAACCAGACAACUCAAUGGUGUAUAAAAUGAAUUAUAAACAAAAAAGUAUUUGCUUGAUUCUGUGCAUGGAGAAGUUUGAUAAUGAUCCCAAAGGAAAGCGCUCCCGAAACAGCAACGAUGAUAAGAUCUUCCUUAAUAAUAUCUUUGUAAAGAUGGGAUUUGAGGUGCGACUUGAGGAAAAUAAAACUGCUGAUGAGAUUGAGAGUCUGUUAAACGACAUUGCAAGACAGGAUCACAGUGAAAGAGGUUGCUUCGUGUGCGUUGUCAUAAGUCACGGCGAUAAAGACUUUUUUUAUGCUCGUGACCAAGAAUUUAAAAUAGAUGCACUGGCUGAGCCAUUCCAUGGAGAGAACUGCAAAAGUCUUAUUGGGAAACCUAAAUUAUUUUUCAUUCAGGCAUGCAGAGGAGAUAAGACUGACUCUGGGGUGGUGAAAGAUGCUGGAAUUGCUACAACUACUGCUUCUGUCAUUCCAACAGAAUGUGACUUUCUCUUUGCUUAUGCUACUCCCCCUGGGUAUUUCGCUUGGAGAAGAGGUGCUGGGUCCUGGUUUAUUCAGUCUCUUUGUGAAAUGCUGGGAGAAUACUGGCAGAAACGGGAUCUCCUGCAAAUACUGACCCGUGUAAACCACAAGGUGGCCUAUGAGUAUAUAUCCAAUUCAACAGAUACAGAUAAGAAUGAAAAGAAGGAAAUGACAUGUUUUCUCUCUAUGCUCACAAAGGAACUGUACUUUUUCCACAAGGCAGAUCAAGAUUAAACCAAUAGAAAUGAUUUUACUGUGUAUUGCUAACCAUGCAUCUUAAAAAAUAAAAUUAUUUUCUUGAACAUAAAAA